ACAUUCUAGAACAUCACAGUUAUUUGGAGAAACCAUUAACCCAAUUCCUUCACUUCCUCUAACUCCGGCCACCUAUAAAAACCGCCUCCUUUCUUGCAUUUGUCUACUUUUCAAAAUUUCGGUGCUUUCCUUUCACUAUCUCCCUCCUCCGAAACAUACGGUAUCAUUUUUCGUCUGUUGCGAGUCUGAUCAAGUUGAUAUACACGUAAGUAGACUUCUGUUUAGCUGGUCAACUACCACAUCUGAGGAUGGCUGAAGAGGGUUACAAUGUCACUUUGAAUGUCUAUGACUUGAGCCAGGGACUUGCUCGGCAGCUUUCUACCACAUUUCUUGGGAAAGCCAUAGAAGCAAUAUGGCAUACAGGAAUUGUAGUCUAUGGUAAGGAGUACUUCUUUGGUGGAGGAAUUCAGCAGGCCCCAGCAGGGGCAACUCAAUAUGGGACUCCAGUACGAGUCGUGGAAUUGGGGAUUACUCAUGUGCCUCAAGAUGUGUUUGAAAGUUACUUGGAGGAAAUUAGUCCUCGAUACACUGCUGAAACUUACAGUUUGCUCACUCACAAUUGCAACAACUUCAGUAAUGAGGUUGCUCAGUUUCUAGUAGGCGUAUCCAUUCCCGAUUACAUUCUUCAGCUUCCGAAUGAAGUUAUGAGCAGCCCCAUGGGUGCUAUGAUAUUGCCAAUGAUUCAGCAAUUGGAGGCAACUAUGAGAGCUGGUGUGGUCCCUCAAGCUCCUCAGUUCAGACCAUCCACAUUAGGGCAGCUUGCAACAAAUGUCAAUAGCAUUCAGAAUUCUACAACUUCAUCCAAAGCAUCCGCGAGCAUUACUAAAGCUCAGGAGCAGUCCAACAAAAAAGAGGACAAAAAUACUUGCCAGAAAAGCAUAGAGAAGGAAGUGCCUCCAGCAAUUUCUCCCAAGGUCGCAAAUAUACCAUCAGUUUCUACGGAAGAUCCUCUCGGUAAUGCCAGGAACCUAGUGCAUGAAGAGAUCACCAGAGAAUUUGCAGCUCUUAUGGCGACAGGGACUCUGAGGGCAAGUGAGGCUGCUGCACUUGCAACUCGUAAAGUGAUGGAGAGACAUGGAAAAUUAAAUGUAGCAAUGCCUUAGAAUGUCUGUCUCACACUAAAGUCAACUUCCUUGAAUGAUUUUUAGUAUCCCAUUUGUAGUUGUUUUUACCGUAAUCAUGAACUGUAUAAGAUUGAUUGGCUCUAUUUUAAGAACCAAUUCAAUCUCAUUGAAAAUUGAAAACUUACAAUGCAAUGACCACAUCAUUUAUCAUCAAGCUAAGAAGUCAUGCUA